AUGCCUCAACAGCAAUUUGAAGAGACGGAGACCAAGCAGCCGUACGGACCGUUGAUGUCAAACGCCAUCUUCGCGACCAAAUGGACGGACAAGCUGUGCGCUUUCCUCUUCUCCCGCUACUUCCAGCCAAGAGACCGCAUAGAUGCAGUAUGGAUGUCCGACUUCGCGAAAGAGGGAUUCGCCUACGUCGCCAACUUUCACAGCCAAGCCUCUUCGCACUCCCUUUCCCCGGCCGACUUCCCGGAGUCAUCGUCUCUAGCACUAGAUUCCAGCCCCUGCCGUUUAGAAGACCUGAAGACGCAUAUGACCAACCCCUUUGAGUGCGCUGCCCAGACGACGGUUUUGGUGGAUGUCUUCUUGCAGAAGCUCCAGGCGAUGAAGACACAGGGGACGAAGAUAUUCGGAACGCCGUGGCAGGUGCUUCCCUUAGGAACCAGAGAGUCAUUGAAUGAGACCUUUCAGGGGGUCGAGGAUGCAAAGGAGAUGGGUUGGUGGCUUGCAAGCGAUGAGGAUUGCAAGGUCAUGGCUGGGCAGCUCAAGACGGACGAGAUGUAG